AUGAAGGCUUUCUUAUUCACCUGUGUGCUGGUACCUUGGCUGAUGGCGUCCACGGCCAGAGGCUUUAACCAGAACCAGCAGCUGAUAUCAGGAUCUCUACCUGGCAACGAGCUGGACACAUACUUCAGUGACAAUUUCAUAUCAAGGAGAGCUCGGCGGGACCUGCCUCCUGCUGAUGAGCCUGAUGACAGCUCGAUCUCUGAGGGAGCAGACACUUCAGACCUGCCCACCUGCCUGCUGUGUGUGUGUCUCACUGGCUCUGUGUACUGUGAGGAGGUCUCUCCAGACAUGACUGCUGUUCCCAUGAUGCCCAAAGAGACGGCCUACCUGUACGCCCGCUUCAACAAGAUCAGAAAGAUCAAAACCAAAGACUUUUCUGAAAUUGUGACUCUGAAGAGGAUUGACUUGACUGGGAACCUGAUCUCAGAGAUUGAAGAUGGUGCGUUCUCUAAACUCACCCUGCUGGAGGAGCUGUCUCUGGCUGAGAACCGACUGGUCAAACUUCCAAUGCUUCCUGCCAAGCUCACCGUCUUCAACGCCAACAACAACCUCCUCAAAACCAAGGGUGUCAAAGCAAACGCUUUCAAGAAAAUGACCAAGCUGACUAACCUGUUCCUGGCCGACAACCAACUGGAGGCCGUUCCACAAAUCCCAGAGAGUGUUCGGAUCUUACAUCUACAGAACAACAACAUCACCCUGGUGAACAAAGACACCUUCUGCAAGUCCAACGACACCUACUACCUGCGCCUGAGCCUCAGUGAGGUCCGUAUGGACGGGAACCCGGUGGUGUUGUCCACGUUCCCCGACAGCUUCACCUGCAUGAAGGUGCUGCCUGUGGGACGGUACCGCUGA